CGCCGUUUGGUGCCGGCUGAUCUUGGUGUGAAGCAGGGGCGAGGAUGGAUGCUUCAAGUGGAAAUUCGGUUUCGGCGACGGAUGGAGAAACCUUGCUUUUCGGGGAGAGGUGAGCUGGAAAGGCGCUAAAUGUGCGGUGGUGGAGCUGAAAGAACACCAGCUUCGUCUCGGCGGCAAGCGUGUCUCCCCACCAUCAACGGGUGAAUGUGUCACCAAAGGUGACAGACUGCGUUGGGAUCUCGAUUUCGAGUUCUUGAAACAAGCACUUUCCGCGAAGCUCGCUUGUUCCCGUGGCGAGGAAAGACUCGAAAGCAAAGCAGCCGAAAUCCCCGCGUCCUUGGGUAUACACACGAGUUCCAGCGUACCCACCGGAGAAGAGAGGGCGAGAGCAAACGCGCGUGUGCGGCCGUGGCGAAAACGCCGUUCAGUUGGGGGCACUGUAAUUCUUCUAUCUGUGAAUAAGGAAUAACGAUGACGGACUCUGGAAACUAGGGCGAAAAAGAAAGACAGAAGUAAAGAAAGCUGGUUCUGGGAACUCAGGCGAAUACGAACUGACGAAAUCUGACCUGGUUGUGAGACGGAGGCGUAGGCUGGUUUACGCUUCCGCAGAAAGCUCCCAGAGCCGACUGUCGGGCGCGGGGCUUCACAGACCGGGAGUUGCGCAGCGGGGAUACAGCUUUCAGAAAACGCGAAAAACAGGAAAGACGUGUUUUUGUUGACAACAUGGUGAUGCACCCGUGGCCGGUGAAAACAGUCAACGUGCGGCCACAAGUGUUGUUAGGGAAGGAAGAAGCAAGUCAACGUUCAUGGAGCCUGGUGAAAAAGUACUCACAUCUGUUUCUGCUCCGUACUCCUUCCUUUUUGCAUCUUCUUCUGCACCUAGGAUACAAGUUCAUCGUUGCUUACACGCGGGGGAACGUUGCGGCCCAUUCGGGGCUGCAAAGUGUGGCGCCGGAUUGUGUCGGUGACGCUGGAGAGAGAAAGAAGCAACCGCUGUGCCCUACACUGUCUCGUGCUCUUUUGAACUGGAAGAGGAAAGCAAACAAAUCAGGUACACAUUCGCGGUCUUCCCGAGCAGUCGGAUUCCUCGUACUUGUAUAUGCACCUGAUAAUCUGCUUUUGAGAGGAGCACCGCUGGCCUUCACGCCUAUGGGAGCCAGAGCACCCUCUUCUGCAAGGGACUUGUACGUGUCCACCAAAUUCCCGAGUUGUAAGGCGUUCAUUGACUCAUCGGCUACUGACACCGUCACGUCAAGAACAUUGAAAAGGAACGACGCCAUCUUAUGGAGAUCCCUCGCGAGUCCGACGACAUACUCUCCACCAGCUGCAGAUGUGUCAGAAGCCUCAGGCAGUGAUUCUUCUCUCUUCAACGCGUGCGCCAUCUCGUCCAUUAAUGCGGCACUUUUUGUGAACAAUCGUAGUGCUCCCCCCGCCCCGGCGCUACCCUGCAGAAGCGGUCCGAUUCCUCUGGCCAAGUGUUCCUUCGGUACCGGUGAUUCAGUACCAUUUGCAGAUGCAGAAGCACUAAGAAUUCGAGGUCGUCCGUCAAUGUAAUGCUCCGAACCAUUGUCUUCGACAUCGGCCUCUCGAAUUCUCCUGUACUGGACCCCAUCUUCCUUUCGUGGGUCACGCUCGGCGACAGGUACGGCUGCUUCCUCAGUUUUAUGACUUGAGGUUGCCCGUUCGUCUUCUUGGCUUUCAUGAACAGCGAGCAUGCUUUUGUCUAGUUGCCCUUUGGCGAUAUACUCGUUACUCAUUUCAUGUUCACGAGUUGUUUUGCUCUCUUCACGGUUGUCAUCAUC